AUGGAAAGCAUAUUGCAAGAAGAACUGUUGCUGUUGCAACAGCCGAGCCCUCAAUUGGACAAACUAGCACUAUCAUCCCUAUUCGCCCCUGCGUCUCGUUUAUUGACCUUGCAAGAGUCUACUAGAUUGACUUAUCAGCGAGCAAAAGCUUUUUGCAAUGCAUACGGUGUGACUUGUAACUUAUUUGUUGGCACACUGGCUCCGUUUGCAAUGAAGCGUCCAGACCUUCAGCCCGUCCUGCAAGCAGCCUUGGAGUUUAAUGUCUCAGCCCAAUUCAUGUUGACAGAGGUUAACCAUGGGUUGGAUGCUCGCAACAUACAAACUACAGCAACGACUUUGCCAGAUGGAGAUAUUGAUCUACACACUCCCACUCCAAAAGAUGCCAAGGUGAUGCCACCAACUACUCCCAAAGGUGGACUACCGGUGGUUGCUAUUGUGAUGGCCCGCCUGAUAGAUGGCGGCAAAGACUGCGGAAUUCGACCAUUGUUGGUUCAAAUCAACGAUGGUACAGAUAUGUGCAAGGGUGUGAUAGCUAAAGCUUUGCCUCAACGAACAGGUUGUCACCCCGUUGACCAUUCCAUAACUUCCUUCAACCAUGUACGGCUUCUAAAAUCAUGCCUAUUGAGCAGCCCUGUAGCCGCUCAGAAUCACCGUGAUGACCGUGACGAAUUUAUGUCUACAAUCUACCGGGUGGCAGUGGGAACUCUGUUCAUCACGGCUGGAGUGAUUCCAGGGUUGAAACUUGUCACCUUCAAUGCCGCACGCUUUAGUCAGCGAAGGCUUGUUACCGGCCAAGAUAGAAAGCCUAUGGCAGUCAUUGAGUUUCGAACCCAGUGUUUACCGAUACUGCAUGCUAUAGCCCAGUAUAGCGUGCUAGAGCCGUUCUUCGUGUCUGCAGCGAUGGCGUUCCGAGACACUUCCAUGGACCCUCGAGUGCGUCAUGGGAUAGCUACUGUUUUCAAAGCAGUGGUGUUGGGUCAUUUUGAGAAGAGCGUUAGAGCUCUGGGCGAGAUGUGUGGAUGGCAAGGACAUUUUGAGCACAAUCAAAUCCUUCAGUUGGAGUUGGAGAUUCGUGGUGUAUCUACUGCAGAAGGCGACAUUCGAGUUCUCGCAAUUCGUACGUACCCAAAAGUUGUGAUAUGUGCAAGACUAACACUGAACAAAGGGCUUGCAUCAGAGCUGUUGAUUGGUCGGUAUAAAUUACCACCGCCUAAAGAUUCAAACAGCCCAAUUGCUCGACACGAAGCGAGUCUGCUCUCUGAAGGAAGAGAGAUUCUCCAAAAAUCAGCUAAGGGUGCCCACCGAAGCAAUGAAUUUAAUCGGGACAUCCUCCCUCUGGCACUUCCAUUAGUCGUAGCCAUUGGUCAUCGCAUGGCUUUCGAGGCUGCAAGGUGUUGCAAAGAUAUUAUAGAGAAUAUGGUCUUUCAACAAGAUCUCAGAUCAUUCUUAAUAUACAGCCGAUAUCAUUAUAUCCAAUACAUCAACAGAAGAAGGCCCAAAUAA